UUAAUUGUUUUUGAAAGGAAGCCAAAAAACGGCAAAAUAUAAAAGAAAGCGCGUUUCGAAACCGAAACCCAACAGCGUUUAAAGCGAAACUCCGUAACGGCGCCGUUACAAGUCUCCGUCACACUCGAAACGGGGACUACAACCAUAAACUCCGUCCCCUCGCGAAGGAAUAAAAUCUCAUCCGUUGAAAUAAUCAACGGCUCAUGAACCCUUCAACUCUCCUCUCUCUUUCUCUCUCUCUCGCCCACCAAAAUCUCCUCUGCUUUUUUUCUAAUAAGAAGCGAACCAAAAAUAGAAAGAAGCAGAGAAGUCCGCUUCACAGAGAGAGAAGAUGAGCGAGAGAAAUCUCAACAGCAAACGAGAAUCGCGAGAGCUUGAAGCUUCAAGCACAAGCGUCUCCCCACUCCAGAAGAAGAAGAAGCUCGAUGAUUCUUCAGCCGACUCUCAUGCCGUCGUCCUCGCGAUUCCCUCUCCUUCCGUAGCUUCAACGCAAGGUAGAUACUCUGUCACCUCUGACGACGAUGAUAAAAGCUCUAUCGUCAGCUCCGGCUGUUUCAGCAGUGAAUCGAACGAAACCGUGAGGAACAAUCCAUCCUCUGGUGUAGAUCUGGAGGUGAAGCUUCUUGAAUCCGUAGCUCUUCUCGGUUUUGUUAAAUCUCCAUUGAUUUUUUUUUUUCGUUUGUUCGUUAUGUUUGUUCAGGAUACAGUGAGCGAGGCUUUGGGAGAAACAACAGAGACGGAAAUGGAAUCAUCAUCGCCGGCGUUAAAGAGGGAUAAUAAACCACCGGGAGUGAGCAAGAUUCCGACGGCUGAGGAGGUCGAAGCAUUCUUAUCGGAGCUAGAAGGCGGCGAGGAUAAACAAAAGCGAUUCAUAGAAAAGUACAACUUCGAUAUCGUCAAUGACAAACCGCUUCAAGGUCGUUACAUGUGGGAUCGACUCAAGCCAUGAAAGCUUGAAAUAAAUUAGCAUGUGGAGGAAAAAAGAGGAAGUUAGGUUAUUUUCUACUUGUAUUCCACUUGUACAGCUCUUUUUUGGUAAUCAGUUUUAGCCUAUGUUAGUUCGUUCGUAUAAACAAAGGAAAAAUACAACCUUUAUAUCGGAAGUUUCAGAUCUUGAUCAAGUAACUACGAUGGUUUUUCAGAA